AUGCAUUUCCUCUCUACCUCGGGCAGACAGGCCGGGCGCCUGCUCCGCAAGACACCAACAGCAGCGGCAGUGACUUGCAACCAAUUCGCUUCGAGUGCUGCGUCUUUUUCGACAUCACGCGCAGUUGCGGCCAAGAACCAAAUUUACCAGUCUGUUCGUAACCUCGACCAGUUCCAUACAUAUCAGCUGCUCUCAUCCUCCUCGCGAACACCGCUGUUGACGCUGUGGACCACUUCCUAUUGCCCUACAUGUCGAGUGGUGGAGCCCUUGUUGCGCGAGCUCGUCGAAACCGGAGUCGGUGAAGAAGAGGGCGGCGUUGGCUUUUGUACCGUCGAGUACGAUGCGCCUGAUGUUAUGGAAGCCGGACUGGGCCUUACCUAUAUGAUCAACUCGAUCCCUACCUUGCUGAGUUUUGAUGCCCAGGAGGCGCAGACGCAAACCAAGGUCACCGACGGUCGCCAAUUGGCCAAUCGCAAGUUCUUGGAGGAAUGGAUUCGAAACGAGGCGAGACGGCAUGGAAAUCGCGGAAGGGGCGGGUCUCCUACCAGCAUCUUCAGCGGCCUCUUUGGCAAACUGAAGUAG